CCCAGCUCUCCCAAACAGGCCCCUAAUCACUAGCUUAUAAAAUCCAGUUUGUGUGUACAAAGAUCAUUUCUUCUCUUCAAUCUCUUUCUUUCCAUUGUGUAUUACAAUUCACUUUGUUUUAAUUACAUCAUCAUGGCACUUACUGGUAAGCUUGAGUCUGAGAAGGAGAUCAAUGCCCCUGCAAAGAAGUUCUUUCACUGUCUUAUAGACCUUCCGAACCUCUUCCACAAGGCCGUAGUUCAUGAGUCUCAUCGCACGAAAGUACUUGAAGGAGAUGGAAAGAGCCUAGGCUCCGCUGUACACUUUAAUUAUGCUUUAGAUGGAAAAACUGUUUCGAACACGGCCGCAAGGAUUGAAGCCCUAGAUGAAGGAAAAAAUCUAAUCACAUUUGGAUGCUAUGAUGGAGAUGUCAUGAAGCAUUACAAAGUCUUGAAGGUGCACUUUCAGGUCAUCCCAAGACAUCACAAGAGCUCAGUGAAAUGGUCCAUAGAAUAUGAGAAAGUAAAAGAAAGUGUCCCUGAACCAUUUGAUUACAUGGAUUUUGAAGAAAAGAUGCUUGAAGGAAUUGAUUCUCUUGCUCUAGAGUCUUAGAAAUAGGUUGUAGAUGGCAUUAUAUUAGUAAUCUAAUAAAGCACUGGAUGACCUAUGGUCACCCAUGCAUGUAUGGAGUGCAUCUACUGGUUUUAUAUCUUUAUCAUGUACCACAUUUGUUUCUACCAUGUGUACCGUUUCAUAUUUACCCUAUAAUAAAUGUAUGUGCUAUGCUUAUUUUGGA